AUGCCAAAAUUUAAACCAAACGUCCUAAAAAGAACUCAAAAAUUGGAUUUGAUAUCAGAGAAAAAUGGUUUUAGGCAAGCUGUAUAUGAAUGGAAUGGAAUUUAUAAAGGUCAAUGGGAAAAGAACAUGAAAAGUGGCAGAGGCAUUAUGUUUUAUAAUAAAAACAAUAUUAUUUAUAAUGGCGAAUGGAAAGAAGAUAUGAGGCAUGGUUUUGGUAAAUUAAUUCGACAACAUUAUGAUCACGGUGAACUAAUUUGUGAAGGUCAUUGGAUUAAAAAUAAAUUUGUAAAAGGAAUAUGCUAUGGAAGAAAUGGCGUUUACGAUGGAGAGUACUUACCAGGCACAAGAAUCAAACAUGGAUUUGGAACUAUGCGUUGGAAUAAUAAUUCUGCAUACACUGGGUUUUGGAUUAAUAAUAAAUAUCAUGGGAAGGGCACUUUCGUGGAAGAAAAUGGAUGUUAUUGGGAUGGACAAUGGAAAUGCGGAUUAAAAAAUGGCGAAGGUACUUUCGUCAAUAAACUUAUAGGACAAAAAGUUAACGGUGUCUGGCUUAAUGGAAGUCUAGUAAGUAUAUCUUCGGACUCCGAACUAUCGUUCCAAAGAAGAGGUCUUCAACGGGUUCGAAACGCCAACAUAAAACGAAGAAAUUUAUAUAUCUUAUGA